UGUGGCGGCCCCGCCCCGUCUCUGGGAAGUGCCGGGGCCGCCACCGCCGCCGCCUCCGCAGCUGUAGGAAACCGGCGCGGGUGCGCAGGGGAAAGGCGCUCUUUCCCUGCUGAAAGUUCCCUUGGAAAAGCUACCAUCUCCCCAGCCCACCAUGGCGGAUGAAAUUGAUUUCACUUCUGGAGAUGCUGGGGCUUCCAGCACUUACCCUAUGCAGUGCUCAGCCCUGCGCAAAAACGGAUUCGUGGUGCUCAAAGGACGACCAUGCAAAAUAGUGGAGAUGUCAACUUCCAAAACUGGAAAGCACGGUCAUGCCAAGGUUCACCUUGUUGGAAUUGAUAUUUUCACGGGCAAAAAAUAUGAAGAUAUUUGCCCUUCUACUCACAACAUGGAUGUCCCAAAUAUUAAGAGAAAUGAUUAUCAACUGAUAUGCAUUCAGGAUGGUUACCUUUCCCUGCUGACAGAAACUGGUGAAGUUCGUGAAGAUCUUAAGCUGCCAGAGGGUGAGCUAGGUAAAGAAAUAGAAGGAAAGUACAAUGCAGGUGAAGAUGUACAGGUGUCUGUCAUGUGUGCAAUGAGUGAAGAAUAUGCUGUAGCCAUAAAGCCCUGCAAAUAAAUGGGAACAUCAGGCAUGAGCAGACUUUAGGUCUGGAUCAACUGCAGAUCUAAAGUUUGGUUCUAAGUUGUCACCAAAGCUAUGGCCUUCAUAAGCAACCUCAUUUCUUUUUUAAUUGUUUUGAAAUUGUGCUGAGUUAGUUUUGCAGGCAAUUAGUAAUUUAAAAAAAUAAUCAAGAUGUAUAAUUCCUUUUUUUAAUUUUGUAGGUGUCUUUCCUAUAACAUUCCUGUGGUUUUCAGGAUGUGAGUCCAAAAAACAGAUAAGAUAGCUUCAGCAGAUGUGAUUUGUCUGAGCAAAUCAUUCCUGAAUUUUAGUUAAAGGAUAAAUAAACCAGGGUUUUGAAUCAAGCAAUGUAGCAUCUAGUGGUAUUGAAGUACCACAUUUAAGUUGAAUAGCUCUGCGUUAGUUUCAGACUUGGUAGAUUAUGGAUUGGAAUUGUCACAGUUUCAGCCUGUGUGUGGCAAGCACAAAUCUUUAAACAAAAAUCAUGUUGUCAAAAAGCGUCAGUUAUCUUAGUAGCCGUGUGCAGCCACGUGUAUUACCUCGGUCAUCCUAUUCUUUGCCAAAUUGUUGGCAGACUUAAUGUAACCUUAUAUAUGGUGAUUUUGGUACCUGCUUGUGGUUGACAGAGACGCUUUGAACUGUUGGGUGACUAUUAGCGAGUCAGGUUGUAAAGAAUACACAAGGGACAGUGGCAAAGAGAGUUAGUUAAAGCUAUAGGUUUUUAUUUGAGGCCUUUGUAAUCAGCAUAAAAAUAGGAAGCUUCUUUCUAGUUGUGUUUUUGCUUUUUACUUUUGUUCUCUCUCUGUAUUUAAAGGAGUGACCUGUUUUACAGGAUACUAUGCAGUGCUUUUUAUCAAUUAUGUUGAAAAAAUGUUGGUAUUUAUAGUAUUCACGCCUUUCCAACCAUUUUUAAGUAGAUAUUUUGACAUUAAUAUAUUUGUCAGA